GCUGAUGCUGUCUGCAACUUAAUCUUAUCCCUGGUUUAUUACUUUUAUAAUUUAAUGCCCCUGUCUCGAGGAUCCAGUGUCAUCGCCUACUCAGUCAUUGUGGGAGCGCUGAUGGCCAGCGGCAAAGAAGUGUCUGGGAAGAUCCCCAAGGGGAAGUUAGUUGACUUUGAAGCUAUGACAGCCCCUGGCUCAGAGGCCUUCAGCAAGAUAGCAAAAAGCUGGAUGAACUUGAAAAGCAUCUCCCCUUCCUACAAGAGCCUGCCGUCCGUGUCAGAGACGUUCCCCACCCUGCGGUCCAUGAUCGAGGUGCUGAACACAGACCCCGCCCCGCGGUGUGUGAAGAAGCUCUAGCUGCACUAGAGGACUUGCACACGUGCAGGGCCGGGCCUCUCGCUCCUUAAGUUAUUUUUUAAAACAUGGAGUUAUUAUGGAAUUAGGUCCUUUAUUACUUUUGAUACCAAUUUUUGAUAGGAAUUGAAUACUUGAAGACACUUUUCUUUCCUUUUUCUGAACAGUAACAGAAAUCAUGAAAACGGGUUUUUGGGGGAAAAGCUACUUGACCAGGAAGGGAAGUGUGCGUAUUGAUGGCCGCCUGCUGGUGCCCAUGUGUUAAGACUGCUCCUUCCUUACAGUGGAAGAUGUUUACUUCAAAAACCAAAAAUUAAUAAUUAAGCCGAACAAAAGUGACGACAAGCAGGGCUUGUCUCCGCUCGUCAGAGUGUGGGUGUUCCCAGACGUCCUUCCUGUGCACCUUGUGGGGUGCCUCGCUGCUGCCGUGCCCCCCCCCCCCCGAACUGUGGAAGGGCCUGGCACCCGCACUUCCAUGGCUUGAGACAGUAUUUGCCAAUGUCCCUACACUGAAUCACUGAACCGCGUUUUCCUUGUUGGAAAAAUAAGCUGAGGUGAUUUCUGUAGGUCGCCAAGUUUGGGCACUGGAUUAUUUGUUUUUACGUGUGAGCUAGUUUUGCUUUCAGGUAUAAGAACAUUUAGAACGUUUCUUGUUUUCUCAGACAGGCUGAAUGAUGGAGUAAGAAGGUCCAUUAAACCGCUGCAGUUUCAAAUCA